AUGAGUGCAAUUCUUCGGAACCAAAGUCAGCUGUUUGGCAUGAACCGCUGCUACCGGAAUGUACAUCCAAACGCACGGGUACGAUUUGUCAGCUAUCGCACGAAAACACCAGCCGCUGUUAUAAGCGCCCAGUAUGACAGCCUACUUCAGCCCUGCACCAUCUUCAGCGCAAAUUCCAACUGCAGGAGACCGGUUGGACCGCGCAAUGGUGGCCUACCUCUGCUCGAUGCACUCGGAUAUGGCCGUGGCAGUGGGACACUGUCGCCGCAAAUUAUCAGAUGCAUUUCCACCACUAGCUGGCUUCAAGAUCAGCCAUCCUCCAAGGUUGAAGUCACGGUACAAACGUUAAAGAAGAAAGAAAAAGAGCAACAGCAGCAGCAACAGCAGCUUGCCAAUGGCACAGCGAAUGGAGCUCCAGCUGGAGCUACAGUACCGACGGCAACAUCAGCAGCAUCAGCAAAUGUGCUGUCCGACAGUGCAACAGUUAAGGGCACACCUAGCGCUACCACAGGUACCGACCCUGUCACAAGCACAGAGCAACAACAACAAACACCACCGGCAGCCGCAGUCGUAGCUGCCGCUCCGGUUGUGAAGAAAACGCUCCAACAGCGUAUAUGGGCCGAACUGGUGCACUACUACCACGGCUUUCGGUUACUGUUCAUCGACAUUAACAUUAGCCGGAAGUUGCUGUGGCGUGUACUUAACGGCAGAACGUUGACGCGCCGCGAACACAAACUACUCAUCCGGACGACCUCCGAUCUGUUCCGGUUGGUACCGUUCUCGGUGUUUAUUAUCGUACCGUUUAUGGAGUUGCUGUUGCCGCUCGCGAUCAAGCUGUUCCCGGGCAUGUUGCCCUCUACCUUCCAAACCGCCACCGAGCGGGAGGACAAAAUUAAGCAAAACCUCAAGGUGAAGAUCGAGAUGGCCAAGUUCCUGCAGAAAACGCUGGACGAUAUGGCGGUACAGAACAAGGAGCACCGGUCGCAGGCGGCCAAAGACUUCAGUGAAUUUUUCACGCGCAUCCGUACGACGGAAAACUUUACCAUUUCGAACGAGGAAAUACUAAAAUUUUCCAAACUGUUUGAGGAUGAAAUCACGCUUGAUUCGUUAACCCGCCAGCAGCUGCAGGCACUGUGCCGCGUGCUAGAGGUAUCGCCAAUCGGCACGUCCAACCUGCUUCGUUUCCAGCUACGGCUUAAGCUGCGCAAUCUGGCGGCAGAUGAUCGCACCAUCCAGAAGGAAGGUAUCGAAUCGCUUAAUCUAUCCGAGUUACAGGCAGCUUGUCGUGCGCGCGGUAUGCGUGCGUACGGUGCCUCGGAGGAACGGCUAAAGUCGCAGCUGCAGGAGUGGAUUAAUCUGAGCCUGAACGAAAAGGUUCCUCCCUCGUUGCUGCUGCUUUCUCGUGCGCUGGUUCUGCCGGAGAACAUUACGACGAGUGACAAAUUGAAGGCAACGAUCUCCACGCUGCCCGAAUCGGUGGCGACCGUUACGAAGGCGGCCAUCGGUGAACGGGAGGGUAAGAUCGACAACAAGACGAAGAUAGAGGUGAUCAAAGAGGAGGAACGCAAGAUCAAAGAAGAGCGCGAAGAGGAGAAAGAAAAACAGAAGGAACAACAGGAGCUGGUCGAUGGGGCUCCGGUGCUGACGGCCGAUGGCAAGAUGGCCCCGGAACCGACGAGCACGACGACAGUACCGGAGCAACCGGAAAUUAUUUUCGCUCCCGCACCGUCCCGUACGAUCGUGCUCGAUCAGGUACCACCGCAACCACAUACGGCGUCGGAGAUCUCGAGCAAGGAUCUGGAGGUGCUCGGCGAUGCGCUCGGUACGCUGAGCAAGGAUAAGAAAUCGCUGUUGGUCGAGAAGGAAGAGAUAAGGGACCUGAAGGAAGAAAUUGCCGACUAUCAGGAAGAUGUGCAAGAACUACAAGAGGUUGUCACUGCCGCUCGCAAUCAGGAGGAGGUGCAGGUGAAGGAAUCGCGUGCCGCGAAGUUGCUGUUCCGAAAGGUUAACUCGAUGAUCAACCGAAUGGACACCGUAAUGACGGAGUUGGAGCGCAAGGAGAAGCAUCUGAAGGAGAAGAUGCAUGCGGCUGAACAGAGCGAGGAGCUACAGAAGCCCCAGGCAGCGGAUGAGGAACUGGUGCGAAUAGAUGAGCUAAUGUCCGCAAUUAAAAAGAUUCAAAAUGUCACCGAUGAUUCGCGGUUAGACCAAAUUUCAAAAAUUCUCGGCAAAAUCGAUGACGAUCAGGAUGGUCAAAUUAAGGUGGAGGAUGUCCUGAAGGUUAUUGAAACGAUUGGCAAAGAGAACGUUAAGCUAAACGCGAAGCAGGUGGACGAACUGAUCGAUUUGCUCGACAAGGAGGAAGAGCUCGAGGCGGAGGACAAGAUCGAGAAGGCACUCACCAAGAGCCUGGAAGCCAAAGAGAAGCAAAAGGAACAAAAAGAAAAGGAGAAGGAAAAAUUGCUCGAGCUUACGGAUAAGGCGACGGAUUUGAGUGCACUGGCACCACCACCAAGCCCGACAACGAAGCAGCUCGACGACGGUACAACGAUUAUCGAUGCGGACGCACUGCAAAAGGUUGUGGAGGAACGUAAGAAAAAUGCCAGUAUUAAUGGAACCGGUGGAGGAUCAUCGGCAGGUUCCGCAGGAGCAGCAGGCAGCACCGAAGUAGUAGUACCACCUCCGACAGCGACACAGCAUCCAACCCGGCCCGACACGAGCGCCAGUGCACCCAAGGACAAAAUUAUUUGA